GUGCGGAAGGCCCAAGAGGGGGAGCUGUCGGGAAACACGCCACCACUGAAGGUAAAAGUGGGAGACUGGGUGAGGGUGAAAGUCCACAAAAGAAAGUGGCUGGAACCCAGGUGGACUGGACCGUACGAAGUGAAGGAGGUUACUUCACACUCAGUCCAGGUCAGAGGUAAAUCAGGAGCACCCUGGCACCAUCUAACACAUUGCACUCCAGCCCCCACUCCUUCCAGACCAUUGUCUGAAGUAAGAGCUGAUUUGAGCAGCGAGAACCAAUCCUGACAACACAAUGAAGAAACCCUUAUGGGAACAACAAUCUCACUCAGGGAGAAGGAUAACUUUUUCCCCCUGGGAGAGAUUGGGAGUGUCUGAAUGUUUGUAUGUAUGUUUUCUGAUAGGAAUUGGACUCCUGCUGGGCACUCCUUAUGAGGUGUUGUUGUGUGAAGCUAUUUUGAAUUACUUGUUAAAUUGACUUGUAAUAUAGAAGAGGUGGCUAAGGGAUUUUUAACAGUACCAACCAUGGGGGGGGCAAAUCCUCACAAGAGGUCCCAGAAUUUACUGGGGACGAGAAAUGCUUGAUGUAAUUAAAAUGGAAUCCAGGGAUAGAAGAAAUCUCCAUUAUAUAACCAGGUGGAGGGAGAGGUAUGGUUUUGAGGGACGUCUGGACGCAGAUAAACUCAAAUCCAUGCUUAAAACAGAUACAUAAGGUGUGUAAAGGAGAAAUAAGCAGUGUGAGAGAGAGAGAGUAGGAGGGGGCCAGUACCCACUGAUAGCCUUACCUAAUCUAUUGGCGGGGAAUGAAAGGGGCCCCAGCAACCUUAGAUGUAUACAGUAAUAAUAAUAAUAUGCCAUUUAGCAGACAGGCCAUGAACACAGAGGACGUGGCCAGAGCGGUAGAAAGAAUGACCCACCCCAGAACAGGAAUAGUAAGGUUUGGGCUGCCGUUAGAGGGCAGUGGGUUUCAGGGGAUGCCCAGAGGACACUUUUGCCAUGGGCUGAUUACGGAGAGUAUGUUGGGAAAAUAACUGAAUUGUGUAAUAGCCUCAGAGAGACAUGCAAUCCAUCAUGAGAGAAAGUCAGAUAGGAGUGAGUGGAAGUGUUACAAUUGUGACAAAACGGGACAUUUUGCUAGAGAAUGUGAGGAACCGUGUAGUUACUGCAAGGAAAGGGCACCAGUUAAGAAACUGUAGGCAGAAGGGGAAGAGAGAAAUCAGGAGUCCUCAUGACCUGGCUGUUUGGUUGUUGUUUUUUAAUUGGGGUUUUUCAAAUAGAAAACAACACACCUAGUAUGAUGUUUAUAAAGCCUUGUUGUUUCAAUUUUGGAGGGUUUUCAGCAGGUCAAGGGUGACAGGUCUUAGAGGAGCACACAGUGAAUUUUAUGGAGUUUUUUUAGCUUUUGGCUGAGCGGGACGGGGUUUGUGUUCUGUUUGGAUAUAUGUGCUGUACUUUCAUCUCCAAACAACACUGCUGCAGAUGGAAGUUUGACAAUUGCUCUAGAAGGUUUGAGGACUCUUAAUGGUAAAAUGAAAGAUCAUUCUGGGGUUGAUACCUCUAUGUGGGAUUCCUGGAUGGAUGUUUUUGGUAAAUAUAAAACCCUUAUUUCAUCUGUAUUAAUUUCUAUUGCUGUUUUUGUAUCAAUUCUUACAUUGUGUGGAUGUUGUUGUAUUCCCUGUGCCCGCACUCUGAUUAACCGUAUAAUAACCACUGCUAUUGCACCAAUUCACAAUGACCAAGCCCAGAUGUAUCCGCUUUUGGGAACUAAUGAUUUGGAACUGGACGAUUUUGAAAGUGACUAUCCUCCCUUAUAUAAUAUUAAAGGUGGACCUCUUGAUUGUCCUUUGGGGAAUCCUGAAUGUCUGUAUGGUGUUGUCCCUGGGGGUGGAUGGGCCUGUCAUGAUUACUGUCAUGAGCCGUCGUGGAUGUGGUGGAGGAGUCAAGCGCAGGAAGCAGAGGUAAAUCCAACAAGACUUUUAAUAGUGUCCAAAGCAAGUGUACAAGCCCCGACCUCGAAAACAAGAAGAGGCGAGGAACAAUACGCACACGCGUAAAACACUUCAACACGGAAAAAUGACACGGAAAAAUAACAACGUAUCAUAACAACGUGGCAACGGACAACAACACACAAAAACCCUAGAUUACAACAUGGAACUUAUAAGACACGUAAUCAACACUAAAACAAACACAGGUGUGACAGACAGACCAAAGCAAUGGCACACAGAAACAUAGAGCGGUGGCAGCUAGUACUCCGGGGACGGCGAACGCCGAAGCCUGCCCGAACCAGGAGGAGGAGCAGCCUCGGCCGAAACCGUGACAAUUACAAACCAGAACAGCGACAAUUGGAGGUUAGCGAUUUCGAAGACCAACUCUGAUUGUUGUAUUCACUCACUAGAGGGGGACUAACAUUGUUUAAUUAACUGGCCAUAUAAUUAGUAUGCUAGAGGGGGAUGGUUGAAAUUUUUUACAAUUGCAUUAUGCGUUAUCAUGUGUUGUUUACUUUUCUGCAUUAUUGUUUUUCUUUUAAGACUGAUUCAACUAUGCUUCAUGCCACCAUAAUUAAUGGAUCACGUCUGGGAGACGUGAAGAGGGGGAUUUGUCGUAGUAAAUAUAAUUUGUUAUAGAUUGGUCUGACUAAAAUGUUGUGCAAGACCCAUUUGGAGCCUGUUUUCAAUAAAUGCUGUUCCAGGUCAGAGAACAAAGCACAGAGGAGAAGACCUUAUCUUCUCACCAGAUGGCCUAGGAAUGCGAUAAUAGGACAACACCCCCACCUCCGGCCAUAAACCAACAGAUACUCCUCACGAGUUCCCUGGACACACACAGACAUCUCACUGUGGACGCACACUCAUUCUCAACCCCCCCCCCCCUUCUACUGGUCGGGUGCCAAGGGCAGAGGACUCUGCCGUGCACCAAUGGGGCUUCUACUCUGGACAGAGCAGACCCGCCUCCUACGCCUCGGGAACCAAUCAGGGACUAGAAGAAGGACCCCUUCCUUUAUGUUACAUUGUAUAAAGUAAUGCUGUAAACUCUUUUUAAUCAUCCUUCUCAACUGUCUCCAUAAGAGGCAAUUGAUUGGGUCCAUGCAUGUUAAUUAGCAGGAUCCCAUGCAUGUAGCUAACAGUAACAGAUAUCUCUGUGUUUAAUAAACUGCCUUUUUGCUUAAGCAAAUUCCUCUCUGUCUAGCGUCGAUGGUUUGUACUCCCUCUCCUAAUUAUGGUUUCACCAACAAUACACAACACACAAGAAACCCGUGUCUUAUAGUGCAGUUGCUAGCUAGCUGACAAGCUAAAGCUAGCUAGCUAAUGAAGGAUUUCGAGGAGGUGUCAACCUAAGCAAACUCACCAGAAAGCCAGGUCACAUAGGAAGAAAGCAUGGAACGGGGGAGACGAAAAAUUAUCCUGAAUCAUCACCAGACACAGGUGACUUUCUGUCAAAAUGCAUAGGUAGCUUAAUAAUUAUGUAGACGAAAAACGUGCUAACUCUGCUAGUCAAACUCAAAUCAGCAAAUUAUUUCCCGCAAUUUUUCAGAAAAUGUGGAGCAUUUAGAGGAUCGUGCUUUGGCGCCCUCAUGUGGCGAUCAAAGGGACAGCACAGGGGAUGCGGCUUGGAAGUCCACGUCCUCAUGCCAUGACAUCAACAUGAUGGAUCAGAAGCUCAGACCCAUUGAACAGCAACUCCAGUACCUGCUGAAUAAGGCGGAUGAGUUUCAGGCACAUCUUUUAUACAAGUAACGUUAGAGUCAGUUAGGAAAGUUGUUAAUGUAGUCUAAGAUAAUGAUAGGUAAAGGUUAGGUGAGUCAAUGAUUAGUGCACCUAAACUAUACAAUUGCAUCUAGUGGUGUUUCAAGUUAUUGUUUAUUAUUUAUCAAAAGGAUUAAAGUAAUACAUAAUGAAUCCCUGUCCUGUGACAUAACCAUGUGUGUGUGUUGUCUGCAGACGUGACAAUCUGCAAAAGGAAAACUUUGCUCGUGUGGUGCCUACUUUCCUGCGGACCUGUCAGCCCUACUUCACUUACCUGGAGUCGACCGCUCGCAGCUCCCUGCCCCAGCGCACGCCUCUGCCCGUGUACAUCCGCUCACGAGUAAGAGCCUUUCGAAACACAAUCCUACUCACCUGAAUCCGGGCAGGACAAAACUGUCCCUCUUUAUUGACAAGUGUUGCUGAAUCGCCUCUCUAUCUUCAAUUCAUGCACCUUGGUUGGAAAGUGAGGUAGCGGCAGUGAUCCCUUCCCUUUGCACUGUUUAUUGAUAUUAAAUGUAUUCUACACUUCACACAAACAUAAAUGUAUCUGUGAAUCAACUCUGGUCAAGAAUAAAGGCUUAUGAGAGGUUUGAGAAAUAAUAGAGAAAAAUCAAGAGAUGCUGUAAACUGAGAGUGGUGUGUAUUGAGUAAUUGUGUGUAUUUGUCUGUCUGUCUGUCUGUCUGUAUUUAUGUGUUUGUCCAUCUCUCCAGUUGUUAGACUUCUCCCAGCAGCUGGUCUUGACCUACGCCUCCUUUGACUUUCUCUCUCUGGAGGAGGCUGAGCCGGCCAGGUGCUGUACUUACCAGAAGAGGCUGGUGGGAGGAGCUAUAGGACGGCCUCAUUGUAAUGUCUGGAGUAGAGUAAAUGGAAUGGAGUCAAACAUGUGGUUUUCAUAUGUUUGAUGUGUGUGAUACCAUUUAAUUUAUUCCAUUCCAGCCAUUACAAUGAGCCCGUCCUCAUAGCACCUCCCACCAGCCUCCUCUGGUACUUACACCAUAACAUCUGAAGGCAGUGAGCCACUAAACACACACAUAGGCACAUACAGACGCAUAGCGCCGCUGUCGGGUGAAAACCUAAUCUCCAAAACAGACACUUUUCAGGAAAUUGAAAAAAACUCCCAUAUUAGACUAUUUUUAACGAACAUACAAUUUCGAGAUUUCAGAAGCUAUUUUGAAUACAUUUUAUUGGUCCUAGAGUUAUGAAAUGUUCAGAGUACACUGAGGAAAGUUAGUGCUUUCAACACAAAAUUUGAGUUACAAGGUUUUCAUCAGACAGUGACGAUAUGUACCAACACUACUUGAAUACCUGUAUUUAGAUCCACAAAUGGAACAUUCUGGAGUAUGAGCCAAAUAUUUUAGAGGACAGCUGCUUGGACUUGUCAAUCCUUAUUCUCAUUCGUCUGACAUUCAUUCCACAAUCCUUCAUCCAGCCAUUUAUGUAUCUAUCAUUCUCCCCUCUCUCCAUUCCAGUAUCUCCCAUUUCUACAUAGGCAAGUGUCAGAUAGACAGUGUGAGGCUGUCCAUAUACCGGUACUGUUGUCCAGCUCCGUACCUGGCUGGGGUCGACACUGGCCUGUACAAACGCAUGCGCUGGAAUGUGGAGAGACCCAGAGAGAGCCUACAGCAGGAAACUGAUGGCGAGAUGGAGGGAGAGACAGAGGAGGACAAGCCAGUGGCAGGGAAAGAGAGAGCUACCAAGACAGAGUAGUGAGUGAGAGCGAGAGAGAGGGGGAGGUAGAGAAAGGGUUAAAGUAAAGCAUAACAUGUCAAUAAACAAUAAUUGUAGUACAAUAUUAGUGCCAAGAAUACUUUGGGACUCUUUUGAACUGAGAUGUUGGAUGACAAUGUACAUUUUGGAAUUCAGGCCUAAGAACAGUUGAUCAGAUGGCAUCUCACUGCCUGUGUCUGUGUCUGUAUUUGUGUGUGACUGUGUGUGUUUCUCGAGCAGCUACUUCCUGUGCUACGAGGACGUCCCAGAGGAGCCCACUGAUGGGGGCGAUGGAGAGGGUAAAGGGGAGACGGUUGCUAUAGGCAACGUGGUCAGGAUGUGGUCAAUCGGUCAGUGGGUCCAAACGCAGCCGGAACCCGUGACAGACGACAUCUACGAAUGGUACAAAGUCACACUCAGAUCGCUACACAACACUCUUUCAUCUUUGACUUAUUUAAAUAAGAUUUUCUACUUAAGACUAAGUACCUUACAAGUACCAUGUUAAUAUAGCUCACACUGUGUGUGCCUGGUGCGUGUGUGUUUGUGCGUCUCUGUGUGUGUGUGUGUUCCAGGGUGCUGUGCUGGGUUCCACAGGCUCAGUACCACAGGCUUUUGUGUCUGGGAGGAGAGGAGCCCACUGCCUGCAGUGCUACUGACUGUCUACUGGGGGCGUUGUUCUCUCAACAGAGCCCAGUGGAAAGCCCCAGUCCUGAAACAACAUAA